GAGACCAAUAAGACCGAUCAAGCUCUUACUGUUUAGUUGUGUGUAUUUGUGUCGCGUUGCUGGUAUGAGCAGGGUGUUGAUUCUGUCUGUGCUCCUGCUGUCCCUGAGCUGGUGCAGAUGUGCCGUCAUCACAGGGGCAUGUGACAGAGAUGUGCAGUGUGGUGUGGGUCUGUGCUGUGCUGUGAGUCUAUGGCUCAGAGGCCUGCGUAUGUGCACACCACAGGGACUGGAAGGAGACGAAUGUCACCCUUACAGCCACAAGGUUCCUUUCCCUGGAAAGAGACAACAUCACACUUGCCCCUGUCUGCCUCAUCUGGUGUGCACCAGGUACAGCGACAACAGAUAUCGCUGUACCAGCGACUUCAAAAACAUAGACUUUUAACACUGGAAAGAGUGGGAGAAAAAGAAGAGUGACAGCACAACUAGAUUAAUAACAAGUGCCACAGCACCUUUCUGGUCAUGUUCGUUUUCACUCUGAUGCACUUUGCACUACAAAAAUGCUGUUAUCCAGUUUCCCCAGAAAUGCCAACAUACAUUAUCCACCGUGGCACAAGGUCUACCUCUACCUUGGCAUCCUUGAUAGUAAAAACAAAAUAAAUUCAUCACUUUUCUGUAAGUAUACAUGCAACAGAUAUUUUGUAAGGAAUGUGCUUAGGAGGGAAUCAUAUUUCUGGAUGAAUUCAUCUUCAACAUGCUAUGAAUUUGUUGAAGGCU